UUAAGGCAGCCUCUAGGCUUCCACUCCAAAGCGAGUAGUCGUCGCGAGUGCAUGCGCCCCGCGCUUCUUACCGCUGGCACUUUUACUCGAAUUAAAUUCGCUGGCCGCGGACACGGAAACUGUCACUUUCGUUCUACAUUCAUAAUCCGUUUCAACUAUGAUAACACUGUGAAUUAAAACUUGUGUAAUAUUGGGCUUGUUUGAUCUUAGAACCCCUGCAAGUUUCCAAGAUGCCCCAAUGGGCAAGUGCUGAGGGUGGCGGUUCCGAGGCAGAAUCGCCAGAUCAGAUGGUGUCGUACUAUGAAGAUGAAACUUCCGAAUAUUACGACAACAAACCAGAUAUCACUGAUAAAAUAGAACAAGCUGGAGAUUUUUACGACAGCGGCAGUGGGAGCGACGAACAAGUCACGAGACGAGUGUGCCGACCGCGACGAGCGGCUGCCAACUCAUCUUCAUCAACAGCAAGUGCCAGCGGCUCCACGGGGCCCGGACGCCGCCGCCGCUGUGGUGUGUCUGCUAGAGAGCGUAACCUCCGUAGGCUCGAGAGCAAUGAACGUGAAAGGAUGCGUAUGCAUUCGUUGAAUCGCGCCUUCGAAGAUUUAAGACGAGUCAUACCGCAUGUUAAGAAAGACAAUAGAAGUCUGUCCAAGAUUGAGACAUUAACUCUUGCCAAAAAUUAUGUGAAAGCACUCACAAACGCCAUAUGUACGAUGAGAGGAGAAGGACCUAGAUAUCAAUUCAAUAGUGAAGAUGAAAAUGUCGAGCCUGUGUUCGUAUUAAAUAGAGACCAAGAACAAAACAAUAACGAGGCGACCGACAGAGACCGGGAGGAGAGCCCGCCGACUGUCCGCGACUGCCUCUGACACCGCACCCGUACCCGUCUCGCCUGUCGCACCGCCAGACCCGCCUGCACACCAGAACAUUACUAAAUUGGCUCGCUAAAGGGAAUUUCUAUAAAUUAUAGGACUUAUAUCAUAAAUAAUUAUGUUUUACCUAAGUACUAAUUGUGCUUUGACCAAUACACUUUGUAAAAUUUGGAUUAAAACACGAAGUAAACAUUCCAACUUUAACUUAGAGGAUCAGAACAGAUUAAUAUAAAUAUAUCCUACAAGGAUAGGACUGGCUGUGGUUACAAUUAAUCUUCUUUCGAUCAUUAAUUUUUUUUAGAGUUACCUAAUAACAAAUUAUCUAUAUGUAUAUAUACCUACUGUGCUUCGAUAUUGAUUAUUAGAAUUAAUUAUUUGUUAUACUAAGUUUAGGUAUGAAUCUCAAUUUUUUUCUAAAUUUAAAAUUACUCUACUUACUGUAACAGAAAAUUAUCCUUGAAACACAAGUAGGUAAAUACGAUGGGUAACGUUUCUUUACAUCAUUAUAAAAUUCAAUGGAAUGUGAACAACAGAUGUAUGGAAAUAUAUGAAUAUUCCAAUUAUCUAUCUAUUAUUAUAUAAACGUUAACUUACCUACAUAUUUAUGUAUUGAAGCGUACUUGUUAAAAAACAAUCGGUGGAAAUAAUUGGAAACGAAGUAUUCAUUUCUAUAAAGAUGGGUGGAAUAAAAUUCUAUUUUUAUUUUUAGGGUAGUUGGUAGAGAUAAAUGGAAUUGGUCAUUAUAUCGGUAAUCCAAUACGCAUUAGUGAACAUAUUUGUACAGAUUUCUUUAAACUACAAAUUUACAUCUAAGUUUAUGAAGUCAAUUCAUAUAGAACUAAUUUUACAUGUACAGAUUUGGUAUU